AUGGGCGAACAACCAAACACCAACGGCACCAAGCCCUCCUCCCAAUUCCUCUCCCAUCUUAUCUCCUACCCAUUCAUCGCCGACUAUCUCGAGACUCUCAAGAAAUCCCCCUACGGCCAAAAGUCCAUCGAGUAUGCCGACAAGAGCAUCGCCCAACUCCAGCCAUACUUCCCUUACCUUGCUAAGCCAUACGGCUACGUGGCUCCAUAUGUCGAGAAGGUAGACCACUUGGGCAACGAGGGCCUGAACCAGGUUGACAACACUUACCCAAAGCUUGUCAAGGCAACCGAGGACGUCAGGGGAACCGUUCAGAGCUAUUUCCGCGUGGCUGAAGAUGGCACCAAAUACGUUCGAUCAACCUACGACUCAGAGUACAAGCUCGCUCAGGGUGGCAGCCCAAUUGUGUCCCAAGGCAAGGCUGCCGUCUCUACUGGGUUGAUGGUCACAUCUCAGUACCUGCUCUGGCUGAGCAACUUGAUUAUCCCACACCAGCAGAAGGCACAAGAGAAUGGCAAUGGCGCCGCUAAAGCUUCCAGCUAA